UUACAGGAAGGUAAACCAUUGGGUUUCACAAUAUUGAAGUUUACCAUAACGGAUGCUGAUGCUCCUCCGAAUACUUCACCUUUCAAGUUCGAUAUUUUAUCGGGAAACGAAGAGUUGGCUUUUCGAAUCGUUCAGCAAGAUGGCACGUUGAGAACAGCUACGAAAUUCGAUCAUAAAUAUCGAAGUGAAUACAUAUUACACAUUAAAGCAACUGACAACGGUAAUCCUCCUCUGAGUAGUGAUACCUGGGUAACCAUCAUAGUAAUCGAAGAAAGUCAAUUUGCUCCGAUUAUUACCCCUCUAGACGUGGCUGUAAGUUCGUAUUUAGACGAUUUUCCUGGAGGAGUGGUGGGUCGCGUUCAUGCCAUGGACGAAGAUCCAUACGACAAGUUGGUUUACCACAUUGUCUCUCCGCAUGAAACGCUAUUUACUGUGGAUCGUGAGGAUGGCACAUUGUUUGCCUUGGCUGGUUUAGAUGUGGGCAUUUAUGAUGUUAACGUUAGCGUCAGUGAUGGAAAAUUCACUUCUUUCACUACAGUAACUGUGGAAGUGGCUGUGGUGACGGAAGAUGCUAGAAAACACAGCGUGGCUGUUCGUCUAAAUGAUGUUACACCCGAAGACUUUCUUUUAACGUAUCGCAAAGGAUUUCAUCGUGGAUUACGCAAUAUACUUAACGUCCGUACAAAAGAUAUUGAAAUCAUCAGUAUGCAGCCCACAGUGGAAGAAAAUAUAAGAAAAGAAAGAAGUGCCCUUCAAGAUUUGGAUGUAGUUUUUGCCGUUCGUAAAGGAAAUCGUGGAUUUUAUCCUCCGAAACUAGUCCGAUCCAAGCUCAAGGAGAAAAAAGAAACUUUAGAAGCAAGUUUAGGUCUUUCUGUAGUAAAGGUAUGUAUAUGUGUAUGUAUAUACAGGUAACCCCCGUAUAACACG